AUGUCUGUUGUUCCUCAGAAGCCAAAGAAGGAUGCCAAGGCCUUCGCUGCUGAUUUCCUCAUGGGAGGUGUCUCUGCUGCUGUCUCCAAGACCGCGGCUGCCCCUAUUGAGCGUAUUAAACUACUUCUCCAGAACCAGGACGAAAUGCUCAAGUCUGGUCGUCUCUCUCACCCCUAUAAGGGUAUCGCUGAUUGCUUCCGUCGUGUUGUUGCUGAUGAAGGCAUCUCGCCUCUUUGGAGAGGCAACACUGCCAACGUCAUCCGUUACUUUCCCACCCAGGCUUUGAACUUUGCCUUCAAGGAUUACUUCAAGGCCAUGUUCAACUUCAAGAAGGAAAAGGAUGGUUAUGCCAAGUGGUUCGCUGGUAACAUCGCUUCUGGUGGUGCUGCUGGUGCUUGCUCCCUUCUCUUUGUCUACUCCUUGGACUAUGCUCGUACUCGUCUUGCCAAUGAUGCCAAGGGCAAGAACGGUGGUGCUCGCCAGUUUAACGGUCUCAUUGAUGUUUAUAAGAAGACCAUCGCCACUGACGGUGUUGCUGGUCUUUACCGCGGUUUCCCUCUCUCCGCUUUCGGUAUUAUCAUCUACCGUGGUUUGUACUUCGGUCUUUACGAUUCCGUUAAGCCUUUGAUGCCUUCUUCACUCCAGGGCUCGUUCAUUGCCUCUUUCAUUCUCGGAUUCGGUGUUACAAACUUGGCUGGUCUUGCUUCCUACCCUGUCGAUACUGUCCGUAGAAGAAUGAUGAUGACCUCUGGUGAGGCCGUCAAGUACAGCUCUUCAUUUGAUGCCUUCAAGCAGAUCGUCACCAAGGAGGGCUACAAAUCCCUCUUCAAGGGUGCUGGUGCUAACGUCCUCCGUGCCAUCGCCGGUGCUGGUGUUUUGUCUGGCUAUGAUCAACUUCAGAUCAUCUUCUUCGGCAAGGCCUACUCUGGUGGUUCCGGAUAAGCGUCCUUUGUUUUGGUUUUUCUCUCCCAUCAUUUCUCAUCAGCUCCAUCCAUAUCUUUAGACCUCAUAAGACAGCAUACAAUAAAAAGACACAUAGAAAAAGUUAAUGGUAUCAUAAAAAUGUUUUUUACUCGUUCC